UUCCGGGGAGUACACGUCAUCUCCCUGCGCCCUACGCUGUUGUGUUAGCAGCUGUGAGAGGCUGUUUUUUUUGUUAAAACAACCAUGAAGAGUUGGCUCAUUUUUGCGUUUUUCUUCAGCGUGUGCACCGGGGACGGUUGUCUGAACCCCGUCAUUACACCGUCGACAUACACAACCAAUGAUGCAGUCAUCUCAUCCGAGUCCGUCUUCAUCGUUGAGCUCAGCUUGUCCUGUGCAAACGGAGUACAGAGUGUAGCGUUGUAUGCUGAUGUCAAUGGAAGACAGUUUCCUGUGACAAGGGGCCAGGAUGUUGGGAAGUACCAGGUGUCAUGGAGUCUUCCUCACAAGCAGGCCAGCUCGGGGACGUACCAAGUCAAAUUCUUUGACGAGGAGUCUUACAGUUCACUGCGCAAGGCUCAGAGAAACAAUGAGGACGUCGACACGAUCAAGCCCCUUUUCUCCGUCAAUGUAGAUCACAGGGGAGCUUGGAAUGGCCCUUGGGUGUCUACAGAGGUCCUGGCUGCUGCUAUUGGCGUCUUGGUCUACUACUUCGCUUUUAGCGCCAAGAGCACAAUUCAAGCCUGAAGAGAAACACAACACAACACAACACGCAUUACUGUAUGAUCACUAGCAUGUUUUAUCAUUAUACCUCCAUAUUUUGUACAUACAUUCCUUUACAUGCUCAUCCUUUUAGUACUUGAUUUGUAAAUAUCUGGUAGUCUUAAUGGAGAUUAAGAGGGGAUUAAGCAAGGAUUUAUAAUGUACAUUUCAGAUAAUCUGGUUCUGUCAUAUUUAUUUAUUACAUUAGAUAUUUGUUGAAAAUGUUGGGGGGUUUUUUUGUGUUUUUUUUAAGUUUGUUGCCCCAGGUGAACACCUGACUUUGAAAACUUGAAUUUAAUAAUAAUAAUAAUAAUAAUAAUAAUAGCUGUAUACUGUAUUGGAUUAUGAUUUGUCUUUAGGUUGUCGCUUUAAUACAAAAUCGAAGCAGGAGCGAAUCUAGGUUCAGUAAUAACAUUAACAAAUGGAUUAAAUAAAAACAAUGUUUUACAUUCGUAUUAUGAAAAAUAAAGCUAUAUGUUUUUAGUUGA